CGCGCCGCGGGGCCGAGCCGCUCUGGGCGCGCGGCGGUACACGAGCGAGUCAGUCGCGCGCGCGCGAGCCUGCCGAGCAGUCAGUCCGCCGGAGCGCCGUCGUCCCGUCCGCCGCCAUGUGCAAGCGCAGCCUCGCGAGCCCGCUGGCCCCGCUGGGCCUGCUGGGCCUGCUCGGCCUGCUGGGCCUGGCCGUCGCGCACGAGCCCUUCAUCGUGCAGUUCCAGUGGAACGCCAUCAACUUCACGUGGCCGUCGCCCGACGGCUGGAUCAAGGCCACCAAGGAUCCCGACGCCUACGUCGACAAGAACGUGGUUAUCUCGAGCGUGAAGCUGUGGAAGGAUCGCAUGUACCUGACGCUGCCGCGCUACCGUAGCGGCGUGCCGGCCACCCUGGCCGUGACCCCGGCCACGGUGCAGAACGGUAGCACGGCGCCGCUGCUCGAGCCCUACCCCAGCUGGGACAUGCAGCGCGUCGGCGACUGCUCGGCCUUCCAGACCGUGCAGAACAUGGAGAUAGACCCGCGCGGCCGCAUGUGGGUGCUGGACAGCGGCCGCGUCGAGACCAUGACGCUCGAGUCCAAGGCCAGCUGCCCGCCGCGCCUCGUGAUCCUCGACCUGGAGAACGGCGGCGCGGUGCUGCGCAGCUACGCCUUCCCCAGGGACGUCAUCAACUACGACUCGGGCAUCCUCAACGACAUCGUGAUCGACCACGAGCACGGCGGCAUGGCCUACAUCACCGACUCGGACGAGCGCAACCCCGGCCUGAUCGUCUUCUCGCUGAACGAGACGGCCUCGUGGAAGGUCUACCACGAGUCCAUGAACUAUGUGCCCGACGCGGUCGGCUUCAAGAUCGAGAACAUCAACUUCCCCGACAAGGUCAACAUCGACGGCAUCGCGCUGUCGCCGGCCUACAGCGAGGGCGACGCGCGCGAGCUCUACUUCACGCCGCUGUCCUCGUUCAACGUGUUCGUGGUGCGCACGCGGGCGCUGCUGCAGGUGCGCGACCUGCCGGCCGAGGAGCGCCGCCGCGAGAUCGGCAAGCACAUCAAGAUCCUGGGGCGCAAGCCCUCGCAGACCGACGGCAUGGUCAUGUCCAACACGGGCAAGCUGUACUUCGGCCUGCUGGCCGACGACGCCGUGGCCAUGUGGGACUCGAAGAGCAACCCGUCCUUCGUCACCGGCCAGCGCAUCAUCUCGCGCGACCACAAGCUCAUGCAGUGGCCCGACAACUUCGCCUUCGACGACAGGGGCCAGCUGUGGUGCAUCACCAACCGCAUGCACGUCUACGUCAACAACUCGGUGGACGUCAGCCAGCCCAACUACCGCGCCAUCAUGUCCAAGGUCGGCAUGCGCAGCUACCAGUACUACGCCGACGGCACGGCGCCCGAGUGGCCCGACGUCGACGCCGGCGCGAGCGCCGCCUCCGGGGCCCUCGUCGCCGCGCUCGCCCUGCUGGCGGGCGCGCUGCUCGCGCGUUGACGCGCUCCGGCGCGCGGGCCCCCGGGGGCGCGCUGCUCGUCUCUCCGCCGCGCCACCAGCCGUUUCGCGCUCCUCCUCUCGACCGCUCGCCUCGCCGCGGCGCGUGCACCGGGCAGUCGGCCGCGCGCGCGGCGGCGCCUCGCCCCCGCCCGACGCCCUUCUUUUGUACAUUGCGACGGCGACGCGCGCCCGUCGUCGCCGAGGACGUCCGCGCGUCCCCUUCCUCGCUCGUGCAGCUUAACCGCGCUGACCUAACCCAGAUUUCCAUUUCUUUUUUUCUCUUAACAACGCGAGAGGAGAAUAGAGUAACGAGGUGUUAACCGUUUAGAGCCUUCGCACGUUCGUCUUAGUCGCGUAGAUAAUUUAUGUAACGCGGUGCGCUGCGCGCGAUAACGAGUCGUAAUUGGCCAAAUCGAAAACAGCCGCGAAGACCGAUCUGGACUCUCGAUGGCGAACGCGCGCGUGGUCAGCGAAAAUAAAAGAAAAACAGAAGAAGCAAAAUGUGCUCUCCGCCUAGCGAAACUUGUUGUAUGCGUCUCGCGCCAAGUCGUCCAUCCCCUCCGCGGCUAUCCAUUCGAUCGAUGCACCAAACGCAAUCUCCUGCGAGCGAGGACGAUGGACGACGGUUAUAUGUAUUUGUGGAUGUUGUGAUGACGCGAGAGAGAGAGAGAGAGAGAGAGAGAGAGAGAGAGAGUGAGAGAGAACGAUAGAGAGAUCAGCCUACGAUGGCCUUAUUAUAUAUCCGAACCAAAAAGACAAACCACAAGCGCCUGUUGUAUCUGUAUGUUCAAGUUACCAGAUUUCUUUUUUGCACGACGAUUAUAAGAAACGGCGGACAGCGCUGAUAACGAGUAAGAUAUUUAUUAUUAUAUUAAUAUAGUUCUGUACAAUAAUGGUGACGAAAGAACGAAUUA